UUCAGUCGUGGGUGCAGUGCGUGCGGGUGUGCAGUGGUUUCGGGAGCUGCUUCAACAACCGGCGUGGCCUGCAGCGCGCGAGGUUAGAUUCGUGGUCCGCGGUUAGUGUACCCGAGCGGGGGCUCGAGGGGGACUAGUGCGUCGGUCAUAGUGGAGGAGACAGGGGUUCACGAUGCCCCCCAUAAUAGGGGAAACGUUGCGUGUAUGGUUCCUCUCGGCGUUGGUGGUUCAUGGUGCUGUCGCUGGCAAUCCGGACGCGAAACGCCUUUACGACGACUUGCUCUCUAACUAUAACAAACUAGUGCGCCCUGUUGUGAAUACCUCGGACGUGCUACGCGUGUGCAUCAAGUUAAAACUCUCCCAGCUCAUCGACGUGAAUUUGAAGAAUCAAAUCAUGACGACGAACCUGUGGGUGGAACAGUCAUGGUACGAUUACAAGCUACGAUGGGAGCCGAAGGAGUAUGGAGGAGUUCACAUGUUACACGUGCCGUCCGAUCACAUAUGGCGGCCCGAUAUAGUCCUCUACAACAACGCGGACGGCAACUUCGAGGUGACCUUGGCCACGAAGGCCACCAUCUACCAUCAAGGAUUGGUCGAGUGGAAGCCCCCCGCCAUUUAUAAAUCAUCCUGCGAGAUCGACGUGGAGUACUUCCCAUUCGACGAGCAGACCUGUGUCCUCAAGUUCGGUUCGUGGACCUAUGACGGCUUUAAGGUCGAUCUAAGGCAUAUGGAUGAGAAAUCGGGAAGCAAUGUGGUGGAUGUCGGAGUCGACCUCUCCGAAUUCUACAUGUCGGUAGAAUGGGAUAUUUUAGAAGUACCUGCAGUACGAAACGAAAAAUUUUACACCUGCUGCGACGAGCCGUACCUGGAUAUUACAUUUAAUAUAACAAUGCGAAGAAAAACACUUUUCUACACUGUGAACAUAAUUAUUCCAUGUAUGGGAAUUUCCUUUCUUACGGUACUGACGUUUUAUCUACCUAGCGACAGCGGGGAAAAGGUCACGCUCUCCAUUUCCAUUCUCAUCAGUCUUCACGUGUUUUUCCUGCUGGUCGUCGAGAUCAUUCCACCUACGUCGCUGGUCGUGCCGCUGCUUGGAAAGUACCUGAUAUUCGCCAUGAUACUCGUUUCGAUAAGUAUAUGCGUGACAGUGGUUGUACUUAAUGUCCAUUUCCGAUCACCACAAACUCACAAAAUGGCUCCUUGGGUGAAGAGAGUUUUCAUCCAUAUCCUUCCUCGCUUGUUAGUCAUGCGAAGGCCUCAAUAUAAAUUCGAAACAAAUAGAUAUAGUUCUGGCAGAGUAUUAAUGAGAACAGUCAGAGGAAAGGAAAAAACUUGUUAUUAUCCUUAUCAUCCAUCUACUCAAGAGGAUAGCGAAGAACAUCUAACGCCAAAACGAUUUCAUAGUCGUGCCGCAUCAAAAGAAGAUCUUUCACCUUCCAGUCUCGCUGAUGGUGCAAGGUUCGGCGGAAGUUGCUUAAUCCACGGGCCGCCAUUACCACCGCUUCCUCUUCACACGGAAUGCGAAGACCUAUCUGUUUCCGGCGAGGCAGGGAUCGAGGAGGUUAAAAGUCCUGUCCUUCGAAGCCCUCCUGCUUUCUCGCAUUCGCGCUGCCCUCCCGAAAUUCACAAAUCCUGCAUCUGUGUGCGCUUCAUCGCGGAACACACGAAAAUGCUCGAAGACUCGACAAAGGUGAAAGAAGACUGGAAAUACGUGGCGAUGGUCUUAGACAGGCUGUUCCUUUGGAUCUUCACGUUGGCGGUGCUGGUAGGCACUGCUGGGAUCAUCCUACAGGCACCGACUCUCUACGACGACCGGGUACCAAUUGAUAAAAAAUUCAGCGAAUUCGCAACCACAGCGGUGGUAAAUUGUCCGCCACAAUAGUCCAUGCCCGAGCCCUGCACCGUAGAGAAAGACUAAGGACCAACAUCCGGAUGUAAUUUGCUAUCAACCCGGAAUCCCACCCUAGUCUUAGGAACUUUCAACUUCCAUCGUUGUCCAAUAACGAAAUUACGGUAAAAGGGCUCCAUUUCCACGAAGCGAUUGUUAAGUAUACGACAUGCACAUAAAUGUUUCACGAAAAGAAAUGGAACGACGAAUGGUUCGAGGAAAGUAGUAAUACGAAAUCUUUGCAUUCUCGUUUGGACACGAAAUUGACAAACGAGCAAUAUAAUAGAACGUCGAUUAUUUGAAUUUAGGUUAUUCAAACGAUUGAUUAUUCGAAUAUGAGAUGAAUAUGUAUUAAAUGAAAUUG